GAGCAGCGGGGUCGGCGGCAGGGAUGGGCGCGGGGGCGCCGCCCGCAGGCGAGGCGGAGAACUGGGCUCGCUCUGUCGGUUUCAGGACUGGGGACCCAAGCGGCGCUCGGCUGCUCGACUGAGGAUCACCAUGCCAGGUAAAGGGAAACAAGGAAAAAGCCGAGGCAAGUCUGGCGGGAAGAAGCAGAAGAAGCCGGAGGUGGACAUCCUCAGCCCCGCGGCCAUGCUGAACCUCUACUACAUUGCCCACAACGUUGCCGACUGCCUGCACCUGCGAGGCUUCCGCUGGCCAGGUGCCCCCAAAUCAAAAAAGGGGAAAAACAAGACUUAAUAGCAUUCCCCAGAGAGCGAGCAGAACUUGGGGAAGAGAAAUCAGGAUAACCCAACUACUGCAAGCAAAAUAGACUUUACUGGAGACCAUUUGAGAUGCAAGCUAAGUGUGCUUUUCUAUGGUAGUUAAUGAUAAAGAAAUGCAUGUUAUUUCCCAGCUAAAUUCAGCUAUAGCUAGCCAAUUUGGUUUUUCAGAAGAAGUCGAGGAGGGAAAAAGUCUGAGUAAUUCCUACCCUGCGUGGUGUAAUUGAUAGGACUUUAAAAAUUAUUAUAAUUCCGGGUCAGAAUAAACUUUGUUCUCAAAAGGUA